AUGGGUUUGCCAGGUUGUGGUAUACCCGAGAGUGAGCUGCCGCCAUGCUGGUCUGACGACGUUCGGAUGAACGCGCUAUUCGCACCCUUUCGUAUAAAAACUGCUAAUCCCGAGUCUUGGGAUAUGAAGAUGAAGUUCUGGUCUGAUAUGCUUAGGCAGUGGUGUAGAAGUAGGAAAGAUCCUAUAGUGUCUGCAGCCGACGCAAAAGCAGCAUUUUGCAGAAGAGGUCGCACCCCUGCGUGUAUGGACAUCGUUAUCGAAGAAAUGUUUCGAAAUGGCGACCUUUCCCCCUUAUCAAAAUAUCACCAAAUACUUCACAACGGACCUGAAGGCUGGGUCAAGUGGGGUGCUCGGCUGGCGUUCAGGCCCGCUGCCUUUGCUCUGACUGCUGUGGCAUCCUUCAUGCCAUCCCGACAGACGCUAGACAAUGACGGCUUGCCGAAAGCCAGUAUUGAUUCCACACAGCGGUUUGUGCUGGAAAGUGCUGUCAAAGAGCAAGCCACGGAACUACUCCAGAACUUCCCGUCCGACUGUGAACGCAUAGGUACAAUAGAGGAGCUGAUGAGCCGCUGUGAGUGGAACCGGGGGAGGGAGGGCUUUGAACUGCUGCUCGGAUACCUCGUGUCACAAGGAAUGGCUUGCAAGAAGGGAGAUGUUGUUAAACUGGCGGAGCCGGACAAGAAAGCGACCCCGGUAACAGAGUCGGACGAGGCGCUGGCGAAGCUGGUGUGCGCGGAGUCGCGCCUGGAGGCCGCCGCCGCGCGCCUGCUGCGGGAGCGCGCCGCCGCCCGACACGACGCGCGCGCCGCGCUCGCGCUCGGGAACAGGCUCGCCGCAAAGAACCACCUUCGUCGGAAACACAAGACCGACCAGCGCCUAGAGAAGUGCACGAACGCUUUGGACAACGUUCGUCAGCUGUUGCAGCAGAUGAGGGAUGUUCACGUAAAUGUCGCCAUCGUCGAUACUUAUAGGACGAGUGCAGACGCUAUGAAACGCAACAUGACCGAGAAUGGCAUUGACGAAGAUGCCGUACACGAUACCAUGGACGAUCUGAAGGAGGUAAUGGAACAAUACAGCGAGGUUGAGAAGGCUCUCGGUACCAACAUAGAUGACCUGGACACAGCCGAGCUGGAGGACGAGCUGCGGGACCUGCUGGCGGAGGCCGGGGGCGCCGGGGCCGGCUCCCCGGGGCCCGCCCAGAAAGCUGCGACGAAGCUACCAUCACCGCCGUCGUCGCGACCUUCUCGCAAGCUCUCCGAGCGGGACUUCGUGUUCGACGGAGAGGAGCGGAUGUUGGCGGAGCUCAACGAGCUGGGGAUAGAGGACGCCAGCCCCCGCGGCAAGGAGCGGAGGGAGAGGGUCGCCCUGGCUGAGGGGGAACCUGAACCAUCAGUCGACAAGCCUCGCUCCCCGAAGCUGGCCAGCCCCAAGCCCACCGUCCCCAUGAAACCCUCGCAGGCGUGGUACCCGGCCGCGCGCGAGUCCCUCCGCGCCGGCGUGUGGGACAACAACAACGACGCAGACCUCAGCUUCGAGCUGCGACAGGACGAGAGGCUGCAUCCAGGCCAGCAGCUGAACGUGGACUUCACGAGUCCCGGGCGGCUGUACGGCGCGGACUUCCAGGUCCGGGACCACACGCUGAGCGGCGGCGUGUGGCUCUACAACACGCGCGACACGGACCUCAACCAGAACUGCGGACUCCCCAGCACCGACCAUGUCAGUACUGAAAGUCCUGGCAAGUCUACCGUCCCCGGACAGUUCCAAAUGGCCCCGGGCGGUGAGCGUAGGAAGUCCACCCAAGAGUUGUCCAAUCAGAAACCAGAAGCGAGCGUCGAAGAGUUGGAGCAGAGGCUCAACAACCUCAGAGGAUUUAAGUUAUAAUAUUAGGAUGUGAGUCACUGUUUUAUAUGACUAUAGUUUAGUUUAAAAUUAAAUUAAUAGAUUAAAAAAAUCGAAACACCCACGUUUUUAAACAUCACUGCUUUAAAAUCUUACAAAACUCUGUCCAAACCGAUUUAUUCGAGAAUAAUCGUGGAAUAAGUUAUUCCUGGUAGUUACUUUUGUAUAAGUUCGGGUUUGGUCAAAUCGACCCUUAAAAAAAUCUAAAAACCUUAAAUGUCAAAAACUACAACAAAUCUUAAAUGUCACUGCAUUUAAAUGUUAUCAAAAUCAAUCCAGCCCUUUCUAUAGUUGUAAAUUGCAUUGUCAUUAGGUUUAAAGCUACCCUGAAAAUUUCAGCCUGCUACCUUAUCCGGAAGUGCCUCGAAAUUGAGUUGCAAAAAUACAACCGGAAUGACAAACAAGAAAAGUGAGUGUAUAAAAACAUGGGAGAAUUGGUAAAAAUAUAGGUAGAUAUAUCUGGUUAAAGCAAUAGAUAAAUUAUAAUACAUAUAUGUGAUGGUAAAACGGUGUGAAUAGAGUUUCAAGGGGCGAACAGAAAAUUGU